AAAUGGAACUUUCACCUGCAGUGUGGCUUGUUUCACUUCAGUUUUGCUUUGCAGCAACCCUUGAAAAGGGAAACGAUUCUGACACUGUUUUCUGAUUCCCCAGAAGUGUGCAGCAUUAUCAUGGCCUGCUGUAAAUCAUCUUUCAUCUGGAUUUGCUCCACUGCUCUACUGAUCGGAUGGGUUCUCACACAGGGUCCAGAAGCCCACUGGACCACUAGUGAAACAAUUCAGUCUUGCAACUGGACAUGCAUGAUUUUCACAAUGCAGUGGCCAGGGAGCUUCUGUCUGAGCCUUGAACAUAAAAAUAUCUGCAAGAUACCAGAAAACAUCCGGAACUGGACCAUCCAUGGCCUGUGGCCUGAGCACACUCAGGGCUGCUGUUCUUGUUGGCAAAUAUAUCACUCCCAUCUUCAGGAGCUGGAGCCUGAACUCUCUCAGCUUUGGCCAUCACUGGUUAAAACAAAGAGCUGCUUUGGUUUCUGGAGAGACGAAUGGUUUAAACACGGAACAUGUGCAGCCUGUGUGGAGAGCAUGGGUUCUCCAGCGGAUUAUUUCAGAACCUCACUCAAGCUCCGCACGCUCUUCGACAUUGAUAAUGCCCUCACCAAUGCAGGCAUCAAGCCUUCCUGCAACAUCUCCUACAAGCAUGAGGAUGUGCAUGCUGCUCUGGGGCCGUUCCUUGGAGACAAUUAUGUCUUACAGUGUGUGAAGGAUGAGAAGGAGCGAGAGGCAUGGGUGCAGCUCAAGAUCUACAUCUCUAAGAACAUCACUCUCGGAUGCCACAAAGAGGAAAAGGAGCGCAUACAAAAGGUUGCCAAGGCCACAAACACCUCUUUAGGACACCCAUGUCCCAAGAACAGCACCUUCUUCUACUUCCCAAUAGACUAUGAGCAUCCCAAACAACCCUGCAUCUGAACAUGGCAGCUUAUAAGAAGCAUCAGCUGGAAGGAAGCCAAGGCAUAAAGUCUCAAUUCUGAUGAGCAUUUAUGCAGGUGAUUUACAGUAAUAAAGCAGCAUUAACAAUUGCUGCAAAGCAAAAAUAUGAGCAAGAAGAAACCACGUGCAGCUUUUUUACAUCCACAGUACCUGCCUACCCGGAGAAAAGAAAUAUUCUCAAUGAGAUCUCUUGAUCUCAGGUACUUCUCCUAGACAGAGUUAAGUCCAGUCUGAAGUCAGUGUGAGACAAAUCAUUUUCUGAUGGUUCUAAAAUUUGGCUCCUGAGAAAUAACCCUCAGAUUUUCUCACUUUGAUCAAAAUGUAAUACAUUAACUCUUUUGAGUCUGACAAACCCAGUCUCAGCUGAAUAUUUCCAUAAGUUUGAGGAUCUCAUUGUUUUUCAUAUAAAACUCAAUUCUAUGUCACAGAACAUUUUCAGGACUCCAUCAGUGUACAAGGACAACUCAUUUUUCUCCAUUAUCACCAGAACUUCUUAAAAGUGAAAUGCUGAUGUUAAGGGGUUUAGGAAAAACAAUUGAGACAUCAAUGAUCCUUCAUUAAUAUAAUAUUGAGAUCUGCUUUAUUAUUCUAACACAAUCUUAAUCAUUUUCCCCUCUGGGUAAUUAAAGAAAAAUUCAUGUAAGCAAUAAAGAAUAUAGUACAACAUUACAAAUUUCACAAUUUAUUGACAUGGAAUCAGUUUGUCCAAAAGCAAGUCUCUACACCAAAGACAGAAUUAUAUCCACUAAAACAACACUGAAUAAUAUUUAAAAAAAAAAAAAAAAAAAAAAAAA